CGCCACUUCUAUUAUUUUCAAAAAUUAUUCUCUUUCGUUUUCUAUGUAUUGCGACGCAAAAAUCGACCGUUGCAAAUUCGUUACUCAAUUUUCUUCACUUCUUCUUCUGAAUUUCAAAAUCUCCAAUUCAUUCUCUUCUGCUUCUGCAUCUCGCGAUGCGUAAAUCGAUAAACCCACAACCAACAAACGUCGUCGAUUCUACAGAACGCAAAAAUUGGGGCAUCAUAUUCACCUCAUUGGUUCAAAUUGUUCGGAAUCAACAAAUUCAGCUUCAAUCGUUUGCAAAUCAACAGAAGUUUCUAGAAGAUCGAUUGAAAAUGCAGAAUGAACGCUGGAUUUCUGAUGUUAAACUAUAUAAAGAUCAAAUUUCUCAGGUGAAGACGUUUUUGAUGUUUGAGGAGAAGAAACGGAGGCUGGAGGCGGCUAAGGCCAAUUUGAUGAUGGGUUCUAAGCAUAGAGAGACUGAAGUUUUGAAAUGGAUGUUGGAGAGUACAAAAGAUGAUUUGGAGGAUUUUAAAGCUGGAUUUGAUUGCAUUUCUGAUAAAUCCUCAAAAGGCGAAGACCAAGGAACGUCGUUAAAGGAUACUGGUAAGAGGAAGAAAGGAACCACAAGUAGUGGGAAGAAGUCUUCUUCCAAAAUUGCAGAGAAAAAGAAUUGUCCUGAUGAAACCAAAGAUGUAUUGAGCAAGUUAAAAUCUGAAAAUGAGAAACUUGCUGCAGAAAAAAAUUCUGAGCUAUUAGCACUCUUGCAAGAAAAGAAUUUUGUGUGGAAUCAAUUUAAUAAGAUGGAGGCUGACUACAGUAAUAAAUUGAGAAGUAAGAAAGAUGAAGUAGAAAAAGCAAAUGAGAAGAUAAACGAACUCGUUUCCAACAUGGAGCAACUGCAGUCUGAAAAUACUAAGAAGGAUAGUAGAAUAUCAGAGUUAGAAAGUAAAGUGGCGCAUAUGGAUUCGGAAACAAAAAGAUUAAACAAGGAAAUAUCAGGACUCACUGCAGAGUUGGAAUCUAUAAGAAAGUUGAAGAAUAGCCAAGCUAAACCCUUUUUAAAUCAUUGCACGUCAGGAUCUAGUGACUCUGGAAUCGUUGAGAGUAACAGGAGUAGAAGAAAUACCACUUUGAAAAAAGAAAAAGACUUUUGUACUCCCAGUGAACAUGCUUCCACAUUCACAAAGUUCUCACAAAAGGAGAAAAGAAGUUUGAAGAGGAAAGAAAGCUCAGCUAUUCCCAUCUUCGAAACUCCCAAACUGUUCAAUUCCAGCUUCAAGGGCUUCUCUUCCAGAAAGCAAUCAUCGCAAUCGUGUUCGUCGAAGAGUCGUCGGAAACUAAAUAUGGAUGUCUUUUCCUGGGAAGUUUCAAGUAAUGAUUUUGCUACCUAGUGGUGGAUAGUCUUUUUGGCUAAAAGAAAUUAUCCUCACCACUUGAACCAGUGUUUGUUUACAGAAAGCAAUUAAUCAUGUUCAAUGAGUCAUUAGAAACCAAAUGUGGAUGAUGUCUUUUCCAUGAAUAUUCAAAUAGUGAAACUAACAUUAGUGUCAUGUAUUUUGUUGGUUGUGUAGAUUACAAAAAAGUUUAGUAGUUAACUUUAACUUGUAUCCUUCUCUGAACAACUUGUAUUUGAAAAGAAAAAUGGAGAAAGCAUUUAUGGUAUGUUAAGAAUAAGAAAAUCUCUUAUUUCCAAUCUU